CGUCACUUCCGUCGCGUUUCAGGCCGGCGCGAAGAUGGACGCUGCUCGGGCGCGGGAGCAGCUGCGGCGGCGGUUCCUGCUCCCUCCGGACGCCGAGGCCCCGCUGGAUGGCCUGGGCGACGCCAGGCCGGAAACCUCCACAGCUGUUGAGAAAAAGGAGAAACCUCUUCCAAGACUUAAUAUCCAUUCUGGAUUCUGGAUUUUGGCAUCCAUUGCUGUGACCUAUUAUGUGGAUUUCUUUAAAACCCUUAAAGAAAACUUUCACACUAGUAGUUGGUUUCUCCUGGGCAGUGCCUUGCUGCUUGUCAGUUUGUUGAUUGCGUCUUACUGCGUAGUGUACCUGGAGUGGUACCGCGGGGUCGGGGACUACGAUGUCAGGUACCCAGCACUGAUACCCAUCACCACCGCGACGUUCAUCGCAGCAGGAAUUUGCUUCAACGUUGCCCUAUGGCAGGUGUGGUCACUCUUCACUCCGGUGUUGCUGUUUACCCAGUUUAUGGGGGUUGUGAUGCUUAUCUCACUCCUUGGAUGACUGGAAGUAGUCUUGCUGUGUUGCCCAGUCUGGCCUUGAACUCCUUUGUCAGCCUCCCAAGCAGCUGGGACUUCAGGUGUGGGCCAGUGUGCCCAGCGGGACGGGUGAAUUUAAAGUGAAAGAUCGAAUAUCCAACUGGCUGAAAGCAUCACAGACAGAUACUGGAAAAGCGACAAUGCGUUUGGGAAUCCAGGAAGAGAGUUGUUUCCUGGGAAGAAUUAUGACUUUGUGGGUCCGUGGUUGAUGUCAUAAUAAAUAUUUCAUUUGGAUAUUCUUAAA